ACCGGCAAGCAUGGGCUUCAUCAUCAUCAUCUCUCUCUCUAACCUUGAAGAACAACAAUACUCUAAAUCAGAUUGACAACCGCAACUUAUUACAUAUCCGAUCCAUCCAUGGCGCUGCUCUUCCGUUUCUCUUCUAUCCUACCUCCUCCCAACUCCGCCGCUUCUAAGCGCCGCCGCACCUCCACGUCUUUCAAAUUUCCUCUUAGGUUCACUUCUCUUCCCCUUGAACUGAAAAAGUUCAUCACAUCACAAUUUGCAAAUGGUUCAACUCAAAGGUUUGGUACUUGCAAAUCACUGCAACACAUCCAAUCUAAAAGUUUGCAGGUGACUGAUUCCAUUGCUUAUGAGGUCAAUGAACUGGGAAAAUCACCAUUGAUGGUGCUUAUUAUCACUAAUGUUUUGCUACUGAGCAUACCAUUUGAUGCUUUGGCUUUGGAAACAUGUGAGGCUGAUAAAUCUGUUUUCAGUAUGCCAAUACUUCUGCUUGUUGCUCUAAUCGGUGCCACUGUUGGAGGACUGGUUGCACGGCAGAGGAAAGGGGAAAUGGAAGGGCUGAACGAACAGCUGCGCCAAAUUAACACUGCUUUAAGAAGGCAAGCGAAAAUAGAAUCAUACGCCCCCAGAUUGAGUUAUACUCCUGUUGGUAGUACUAGUAGUAGAUCAAUAACAAACAGUGAAGUAAUUGUUGAUCCAAGGAAAGAGGAAUUAAUCUGCCAUUUAAAAACUGGCAAAAACUUCUUGAGAAAUCAAGAUCCUGAGAAAGCCUUUACAGAAUUUAAGACAGGUCUUCAACUUGCUCAGGAUUUGAAAAAACCUACUGAGGAGAAAAAGGCUGCUAGAGGCUUAGGAGCGUCGCUGCAAAGGCAAGGGAAGUAUCGAGAAGCCAUAAAGUAUCAUAAAAUGGUUCUAUCGAUUUCAAAGCGUGUGGGGGAGAAAUCUGGGAACAUUGAAGCUUAUGGAGCAAUUGCUGAUUGUUAUACCGAGGUUGGAGAACUCGAACAAGCUGCUAAGUUUUACGACAAAUAUAUCGCUCACAUGGAAUUCGAUUGAAUCAGAAGCAGAAACAGGUGCAGGAGGAUGAGGGGUUAACUGUUGAUGGGCGGCGGUGGCUAUGGUGGUGAGCAGGUGGUUGGCCUUGGUCGGAGGGAAGUCAAAAACCAUCACCUUUCCAGCAUAGAAUAUAGUCAUUUGAGCC